AUGGGGCCUGGCUUUAAAAUCAGCCGUUCAAUCAGGCCCAAUAGCGAUCGCGUCCAAUGGUACUCACAUCGCCAGAUCGGAAGAGCCUGCAAACCGCGAGCUUCUGGUUUCAGCGAAUUUCCAAAAUUAGGGUUCUUCUCGUUUGAAAUUCGGACUGCUACGAUGUCAGAUUACGAAGGCGUCAGCAAGAACGUGAGAGCUCGCGAACAGAUCGAGAGCGAGACCGAGGUCAAGAUAGAGAAAAAGAUGGUGACCGUUAUACACGAGAGUAUAAGGAUAGAAGUGGAAGAUUUGACAGAGGGAGGAACUCGUAUGAUGGCUAUCUCCGCGGUAGAAACCAAGAUUUCGACAGGUAUUCCCCAGACGAUGCCUGGAGUGGUACAAAAUUCAUUACCUUUUGGGGCAUUGCAUAUGGCUCUUCCAUUGAUGCCAGCUCAAGCCAAGACUCAGCAGACAAUUGCCACAUUCUUUAGCCAAGUCAUGGCUGCCAUUGGAGGAAAUUCUGUUGGUUCAAUAUCUGAAAUUGCAGGUGAUGCGGUUGUAAAUGUCUAUAUUAAUCAUGAGAAGAAGUUUGCAUUUGUGGAGAUGAGAACGGUUGAAGAAGCAAGGGAAGGUGUCAAUGGUAAAGUACCGGCCGUUGGUGGAGCCGAGGGACCUGACCGUAUCUUUGUGGGUGGGUUACCUUACUACUUCACUGAAGCUCGGAUUAGAGAAUUGCUUCAAUCCUUUGGGAAACUCUUAAAGGAUAUGGAUUCUGUGUUUAUCAGGUCACUCCUAAAAAUCUGGUCGACUGAUGUUCUAGAACUUGAGGAUCCAACUGUGACAGACAUUGCCUGCGGUGCUCUCAACGGCUUAAAAAUGGGUGAUAAAACUUUAACUGUCCGGCGUGCUACUGCCAGCAACGGGCAGUCUAAAACAGAGCAAGAAAACAUCUUGGUACAGGCACAACAGCAUAUAGCCAUGCAGAAAAUGGCCGUGCAGGUUGUUGACUUGAAUCUUCUAGGAGCUGGAAUGGCAACUAUGGCGAGUGGUGAGACACCCACUAUAGUCCUAUGCUUGACUGAGGUAGUUGACAUUUAUUCAAUACUAUGGUCAAUCGUAUUCAAGCUAAAAAUUAACAAAACGAGGUUAAGAAGAUCAACAACUUCAGGUCGUGAAGAUCGAAAAUCACACUCGGUUUUAUCCUAA